AAAAAAUUUAAUCAGAAAAAUUGUGUAUGAAAAAAUUUCGCAGUUGAAUAAAGACUUAUAAUUUAUAAAGUGAAUAAACUUAUUUGCUGUUUCCGAGUUUUGUACUUAAAUAUAGUUAACUUUAUAGUGAAAUUAUAAAGUAACUCGUUCGUGCUAGACUGGCCAUAGUCAUAUCUGGAUCUGCUAUUCAUCCAGUUCUUGAUAAUCGCUGAUCAUGGGUCGGAAAUCCAAAGCCAAUGCAGCGAAAUCGGCCAAGAAGGAGGGCUUCAAGACAGGCAGUCACAGCCUCAAUCCCGACCGUCCGCAGAGCCAUGCGGGACAGCGGGAUCGCGGGACCAUCAAGCGGCUGCUGAUGUACAAGAACUCCAAGCCGCAGCGGGACGCCAAGGGAAAGAUCCUCAAACCCGCUCCCUUUCAGUCCAAAGUGCCCAGUGGCACGCAGAGUCGUGUGGAACCCAAUCGCAAAUGGUUCGGCAAUACGCGGGUGGUGGGCCAGAGUGCGCUGCAGACGUUCCAGGAGGAAUUAGGUAAAGCCGUGAAGAACCCUUACCAAGUUGUCAUGCGACCGACUAAACUCCCCGUGACGCUGCUGAAUGAGCGCGCUAAACACCAGCGGGCACAUCUGCUGGAUGUGGAAAAGUACGAGACCACGUUCGGGCCGAAAGCGCAGCGGAAGAAACCCAAUGUCAAAUUUGAAAGCCUAAACGAGAUGCUGUCACAGGCUGAAACAUCGGGUGGAGAGUACAGUAUUGUCAACGAUCGGGACUUAAUCGUCGAUGACGAUGGUACGCGGGAUGAAGCCAAGGAAUGGGUGAUGUAUGCGGGACAGUCCAAACGGAUAUGGAAUGAAUUGUAUAAGGUGGUCGAUUCGUCCGAUGUCCUGCUGCAAGUCUUAGACGCCCGCGAUCCCAUGGGAACGCGUUGUCCCGCCAUCGAGAAAUUCCUGAAAGACGAGAAGCCGUUUAAACACUUGGUCUUCGUGCUGAACAAGUGUGACUUAGUCCCGACAUGGGUAAUCAAAAAAUGGGUGGCGAUUCUCAGCCACGAGUAUCCGACAUUGGCCUUCCAUGCCUCCAUCACAAAUUCUUUUGGAAAAGGACCACUGAUUAAUCUCCUCCGUCAGUUUGGCAAGCUGCACGUGGAUAAGAAGCAGAUUUCUGUGGGAUUAAUUGGUUAUCCCAACGUCGGCAAGAGCUCCAUUAUUAACACUCUCAAAGCUAAGAAGGUGGUUAAAGUGGCGCCCAUACCUGGUGAAACAAAGGUGUGGCAGUAUGUGACGUUAAUGAACCGCAUCUACUUGAUCGAUUGCCCCGGUGUUGUUUAUCCAACCGGAAACUCGGAGACCGAUACAGUUUUGAAAGGUAUCGUGCGCGUGGAGAAUCUGAAAUCCCCCAUGGAUUUUGUCCCCGCUGUAUUGGAACGCGUGAAACCCGAAUACAUCAAGAAAACCUAUUCCCUGGACAGCUUUUCCACAUCGGAAGAUCUGCUGGAACAGAUCGCAAAACGCACCGGUAGACUGUUUAAGAAGGCCGAACCGGACGUGCAGACAGUGGCCCGCAUGAUCCUCAACGAUUUUCAGCGCGGCAAACUGCCUUAUUUCGUUAAACCACCGGAAGCGGCGCUUCCUGACGCCCAGGCAGAUAAUGCCAUACAAGUGAAACAGAGUCUGCGCGAUCAUCCGGAGAAUGAUGUGUUCGAUGAAGAAGACGCGCGGAAGGAUGAAGUUAUUGAGGAGAAUGAUGUCGAUGAUACGGCGGAGACGUUGUUGGAAGAAGUGGUGGAAGAGACACAAGAGGAAGCGGUGGGUGAGUCUGAAACACCGGUGGAUGGCGUUACGGAAGAGAUUGUCGCGGACGACGCGGAACUUCCCAUGGACCCGGACGUGGAUGAUUUAGCGACCGCUAAACAGAGGAAAUUUGAAGAGGAAGACAAGGCAAUGGGGAAAGAUUUAACUGGAAAACAGAAACGGAAGAAAGAACGAAUGGAGCGCCAAAAGAAGGUUGGGGUACAUUUUUAUGAGAAUGUCGAUGUUAAAAAUAGAAAGAAAGGAAAGAGUGUUGCGCCUAAGCCAGUUUCGAAGCGACAUCAGAAACGCGUGUGAGAAUAUUGCUAUACGAAGAGGUAAAAUACAGUAGUUAUAUUUUAUCUGUUAAAUGUUUUAAGAACUUGUGGUGUGCGAGCAGUUUAUGGAACCAGUGGACAUAUUAAAGCGCUC